UCUUGAGAGCUGACAAUCUGCCGCCUAUAGGGUUGUUGGUGGAACGGCCAUCCUCAAUCCUUUCAUUCAUGAUGAUGAUGGGUCAAAACUGUCUUUUUUCCUAUAAACAAACCGUGUUUUUGCUAAGACGCUCAACGUUAUCUUUUCCGUUUUCCCUUUUUGCCCUUGUUUUUUAUUUUCUUCGAGUUUUGAGUUUUUCCAGAAUCUAGGCCUUGAGUUUGAUUACAAUUCACAUCUUAGAAUUGUGAUUUCUCAUUACCCUCUUUUUACUUCUUUUUUUUUAAAAUCUAAAAUUUAGAUUCUAAGUAUAAAUUGGGGAAAUCAAUAUUAGGGCAAGAAAACGGCGUUCGAUUGCUGGAAUAUUCUGUCUUGGUAGCCAUGUGUCAGGCCUCAUAACCUCUAGUUUUUUGAAGUUGCUUUUAUUUAGAAAGCACAGAUUUGACAGCUAUAUAGACUUGUUUGUGGGGCUGUCAAAAUAGUACAUCUAUAUUGGCAGCCCAAUUUCCUCCAACACCAACUUCAACAAAGAGGAAAAUUUGAUUGUGCUGGAUAUUGUUGUUUGUAUCACAGUUGUUUGAUAUUGGUACUGCAAAUUUGGGAAGGCUCAUCAUGGCUUACUUGUCUGGAAUCCUCCAAAGACCUAUAGUUGCAGCAUCUGCAGUUGCUAUAGCUUCUGUAUCUACUGAUCUUCAUGAAAAAGUGUGGCCAUUAGAGAACAAUUCUUCUUCAGAACAAUUGAAAUCCUCAUCACUACAAGAAAGGAAAACAUCAUGGGUGUCACAGAUAUCUGUUUCUAAGCUAGCCGAUUUCUCCUAUGUCACCAGAAUAUGUGUUCCAGUGCCUAACGUAAAUAUUCCAAGUCCCACCACCAGUUCUACUUCUGUUUCAAGCCUUCCUUUUGGUACUUCUUCUGUGUUGGUCAACUCUUAUCAAUCAGCAGCAUUUGCCAAGACUGCUAAUCCCUCCACAUAUACAUAUACAGUUCCUUAUUCACCUUCAGAGGUGUUGUAUAGAUGGCACUUACCAGACCCAAAUGCUGUAGAUAUAUCAGGGAAUUGUGAUUCUUCACCAGUUAAGUCUAGGACUGUGGUAGUAUUGUUGGGAUGGUUAGGUGCAAAGCAAAAGCAUCUAAAGAGAUAUGCAGAGUGGUAUGCAUCAAGAGGAUAUCAUGUCAUUACGUUUACUUUCCCAAUGUCUGAUAUCCUAAGCUAUCAAGUCGGGGGAAAGGCAGAGCAAGAUAUUGAACUGCUUGUGGAUCAUCUUGCGGAUUGGUUGGAAGAAGAGCAUGGAAAGAACUUGGUCUUCCACACUUUCAGUAAUACUGGAUGGUUAACUUAUGGUGUCAUUUUGGAAAAGUUUCAGAAACAAGAUCAUGCUUUAAUGAGAAAGAUCAAGGGUUGUAUUGUUGAUUCUGCCCCUGUGGCAGCUCCGGAUCCACAGGUCUGGGCUUCUGGAUUCUCUGCUGCCUUCUUGAAAAAGAAUAGUGUUGCAACAAAACACAUCAUGACUUUAAGCGACAGAGACACAGAUGUGACAAUAGAAGCCAAAACUUCUGUGGAAACUAAGCCUGCAGUAACUGAAGCAGCAUUACUAUUAGUACUGGAGAAGUUCUUUGAGGUGGUUUUGAACCUUCCCACCGUAAAUAGGAGGCUUUCUGACGUUCUAGAUCUGUUGAUAUCCCGGCAACCAGGUUGCCCACAAUUAUACAUAUACAGCAGUGCAGACAGAGUCAUUCCUGCAGUUUCUGUUGAGUCCUUUGUAGAAGAGCAGCGAAGAACUGGUCGCAAUGUUAGAGCGUGCAACUUCGUUUCUACACCUCAUGUUGAUCAUUUCAGAAAUGACCCAGAAUUGUAUACUUCACAGCUUAGCCAAUUUCUAGAGGACUCCGUUCUAAGCUCUUGCAAACAGCCUUCUUGAAUAACUCCUAACCACAACAGAUUGAUUCUUUCUGCCCUUUUUUCCCCUCACUUUAACCAAAUACUUGGUAAAGCUUCUGAUAUACACUGGUGUAUAUUGUUACAUAUACAUAGAAUUGAGUUUUUUUCAUUCUAAUUUAAUUUAAUUGUAUCGUGGUCUCCCAGCAACAGAAUUGUUGCAUUGUACUCAAAAUAUACUUUAUUUUUUACUUGAUAAGCAACAAUGUGCUAAAGCAAUAAAAAUAUGGAUAAGCCAACGACAGAUUCUACUCUUUA